AAUAUAAAUAUACUUUUUAUGCCACUAAAAAGAGCAUGUAUUUUAUUUAAUGAAAUAGUCCAUUUUAAUAGACUAACACAGAAGAAAUUUAAAAUUAUUCGAAGGGGUGCGAUUGAACAUGCGCAGUCGUGCAUAAAUUAGUAUACUGCGCAUAAACGCCAUUUUGAAAGUGUUUGGUGCGCCAUCAACUCAGUUUAGUCAAACAGAUGCAGUAGCCAAGUCAAUGGUGUUAGUGCUUCUUACUAAACUUUUUGUCUGGCGGUUGGUCGUGCAUAUUUUUGUGUAUUCCAGGCGAGUGCUUAGUAUAUUUGUAAAGAAAAUUAACGUUACGUUCCGUAUAUCUGAUAUAUGUAAGAAAUAUUUUAGUCUACUUUUUCCAUACAAACUAACAAUUGCAUCAAGCUUCUCGGUUCAAGUGACAUAGUUAUUUACGAAUUGUUGUGUUGGUGAAAUGUUGUCUCAACUUCCUGUACAUGGCGAAGACUCAUGAGCGUCGUUGAUCGUGUUGAAUAGUCAAACGCCAGUGUUCAGACGGUGUUUUAUCCUUUUUGGAGAAUCUACCCCUAAAUUGAUCCAUUUCUAUCAUCUGGAUUAACAAUAUUGUGCCAGUUGUGCAUAAAAAUGAUGAACAUGGAAACGGACGAAAUUAUCGAAGACACAAACACGAAUCUUCAGUAUCCUAUAACGAUACUUUAUGAUCCUACCCGUAAGAAAGACCUACCUUCAGGGAUAUCUAUACAAUAUGGGCAAGAAAAGGAAAUAUGUAUGAAACUUUUUGAAAAAUGGAGUGAACCAGAACAAGUUAAUUUUGUUGAACAGUUAUUAGCAAGAAUGUGUCAUUACCAGCAUGGGCACAUCAAUGCAUAUCUAAAACCUAUGUUGCAAAGGGAUUUUAUUUCUCUAUUACCAAAAAAGGGAUUAGAUCAUGUGGCAGAAAGUAUUCUUUCAUAUCUUGAUGCUGACUCUUUAAUUGCUGCAGAAUUAGUAUGUAAAGAGUGGCAUAGAGUAAUUAGCGAGGGAAUGCUUUGGAAAAAAUUAAUUGAACGUAAAGUUCGGACUGAUUCAGUUUGGAGAGGUCUGGCAGAAAGAAGAGGAUGGAUUCAGUAUUUAUUUAAACCAAGACCAGGAGAGAGCCAUCCAAAUCACAAUUUUUAUAGAUCUCUUUAUCCUAAAAUAGUUAAAGAUAUUGAUAGUAUAGAUAAUAAUUGGAAAAUGGGAAGAUUUAAUCUCCAAAGAAUAAACUGUAGAAGUGAAAAUUCAAAAGGUGUCUACUGUUUGCAAUAUGAUGAUCAAAAAAUAGUUUCUGGUCUUAGAGAUAAUACAAUUAAAAUUUGGGACAGAAGUACACUGCAAUGUAUUAAAGUCUUAACAGGACAUACUGGUUCUGUCUUAUGUUUACAAUAUGAUGAUAAAGCAAUAAUAUCUGGUUCCUCUGAUAGCACUGUAAGAGUUUGGGAUGCUAACACUGGAGAAAUGGUUAACACAUUGAUACAUCACUGCGAAGCAGUUUUACAUCUUCGAUUUAACAAUGGCAUGAUGGUUACCUGUUCAAAGGACCGUUCGAUUGCAGUAUGGGACAUGACAUCGCAAACGGAAAUUGCAUUAAGAAGAGUACUAGUGGGACACAGGGCAGCAGUGAAUGUUGUUGAUUUUGAUGAAAAAUAUAUAGUUUCUGCUAGUGGUGAUAGGACUAUCAAAGUAUGGAAUACAUCUACUUGCGAAUUUGUGCGAACAUUAAAUGGACAUAAACGGGGUAUAGCGUGUUUACAGUAUAGGGACUGCUUAGUAGUUAGUGGUAGCAGUGAUAACACGAUCAGAUUGUGGGAUAUUGAAUGUGGUGCGUGCCUACGUGUCUUAGAAGGACACGAAGAGUUGGUUAGAUGUAUUAGAUUUGAUAGCAAGCAUAUAGUCAGUGGAGCAUAUGAUGGAAAAAUUAAAGUAUGGGAUUUAGUAGCAGCAUUAGAUCCACGUGCUUUAGCUAAUUCACUUUGUCUACGUACAUUAGUGGAACAUACGGGACGUGUAUUUCGCCUUCAGUUUGAUGAAUUUCAAAUAGUAUCAUCUUCACACGAUGAUACAAUAUUGAUUUGGGAUUUUUUAAAUUUUAAUCCAUCCAAUGGAUCCGUGUCUUGUGGACCUGCAGCAAUAAAUGCUUCAGGCGUGAAUCAGACUGGCACUAGAUCUCCAUCCCCAUUUGAGUGACGCAUCUAUAUGAAUAUUCCUUCAUUGUGAUAUAAUUACAAGUGGUUAGUGAGUGAGUUCAAUGUGUUCACAAUAGUGUACGCAGAGAAUGAAAAAUCAGUGUCCAGUACGAACAGCACCUAGAAAGAGACAGACAGAAUCUCAGACACUGUCGUUAAUUUUUGUUUAUUAUUUGCUGUGAAAAGCAAAAUUAAUUCCCUAAAAUAGGAUACAUGGAGUGACACAUAAAACUAUGAAUUAAUUUAUACGUGCUUGACGCACUGCGUUUAGUAACGAACAGUAUAUUAAAACCAUAUAAAUACAUCCCAUGGAUGUAAAUGAUUGUUUGCUUUGGCCAUAUCUGGAAUUCUUCUACGCUCUAUGACAUGAUAGAAGUUGACCAUUUUCCUAUUACUA